GGAGCAUUCUGCAAUUACUUUAGUCCUUUUCUGGGGCUUACCAUGCCAUACGUAUGAUAACUAAAUAGGUUUAGGUUUCGUUAUUGAAAUAAUAGCCAACGUGUCAAUCAGCGCAUAGGCGCUCCUGCCAAUCGCUUGUUCGGCCUUGAGUGGGCGGGCUAAUACCGAUACUUCCACACCAAUAUCCGAACUGAAAGUAGCAAGUCUUAGCGACUACGGUAGAGGUUCUCGCGGUUAGAUUUUCCCUCAACGACGAUAGCGUCGGGAGGGACAGUGUGAGAGCAUGUGAUUUUCCCAGUCACUCAACAUUGAUUCGAUCCUUCUACAAGUUGAUUGGAUAGCGCCAUCCGAGGUCGUGUAUUAGGAGAGAGGAGCAAUCACCAUGUACCUGACCUGGCGAAAGGUGGCGCACCAGUUUACCUGUGCAGCUGAACACUUGUUUAUCACCUGUAUCUAGACGACAGGUAAAACCGAGUGUAUCUCACUUGUACACUACCCGUGUAAAGCUGUUGAUGCGAGGCGUUGCUGCCACAACGUGGGACUUCUGCAACAUCACAACCAUUGAAGACUUGCGGUAGUCAUCUUCCCUCAGGUGAUCUGGACACCUAACCUCUUGUAAAAUGACGUCAAGUGAACCCAGCGUGGCGGGCGUGUAUAAUGUGACAGCGUCUCGUUAUGACGACAACAAUGUGACAGACAUGAACGUCACAGCAGAGCUAGGCACCACCACACCGAGUCCCUGGGGUAGGUUUGGGCCCAUCGAGCAGUACGGGGAGUUCUGGGCUGGAUACUACAUCAACCUGUACUAUCUGUGGGUGGUGUUUGCGGUUGGAUUCCCAGGGAACAUCGCAAGCUUCGUGACUGUUUUGCGCAUGCCUCCUCUCACGUCAUCAACAGGAUAUGUUGCUGCGCUGGCGGUGAUGGACAACCUUGGUAUUAUAUGUAAACUGUUAUUUCAUCAACUGACGCUCUAUGAUGUUCAAAUGGGAGCAGGUAGUUGUCAGGCGUUGUACUUCUUUGGUUCAUUCUUCAUCAUGUACGCCAACUGGAUUCUGGUAGCGAUGUCUGUAGAGCGCUUCAUAGCCAUCUGGUUCCCUCUGCGAGUCACGACUCUGUGUACCGGCACCAAAUCCAUCCUCUUGAUGAUCAUCAUAGCAUUCGUCAUCAUCGGCGCGGAUCUCCAUUUCCUGUGGACAGCUACAGUUGAGGUGACGGGCAACAAGGAUGUCCGUUGUACUUUUAAUAAAGAACACAUGGAAUUUAUUGAGAAAAUCUGGUACUGGAUAGAUGGCUGUCUGUACGCUAUCAUACCCUGCAUCCUGCUCGUCAUGUUCAAUGGACUCAUCAUCCUUGGUAUCAGGAAGUCUCGGAAAAUCCAGAAGGACCUGACAAACAACAAAAGUGACCAGAUGGCUGAGAAGUAUCGCCAACAACGCCAGAUAACAAUAAUGCUCAUCGUCGUCUCGAUUGUGUUCGUGGUGCUAGUGUUACCAAACUGUCUCUUCUUCAUCGUCAAACCUUACUGGGUUUUUGAAUCUGGAAGUCAUGGUCAGGCGGUCAAUUACCUUGUUAGCCAGUUGAUAUUUCUGCUCUCGGAUUUCAAUCAUGCGAUCAACUUUUACUUGUACUUUCUCACAGCCCGGCGCUUCAGACGGCGAUUUACUGACACCUUGUGCUGCCAGACAUCCGGCCGCAAGCCGUUUACAAGCAUCAUGCGUACAGCCAACUCCAAUAUAUCCAAUACGUCGAUAUACACGACUCAAACAUCCAUGAAUGGCUUUGCGAGGGAGAGCGGGAACAACAACUCCAAGAAAUACCACACAACUACAACAUGAGUGAGUGAGUUGGUUUUAACGCCGCUAUGAACAUUAUUCGCGUUAUAUCACGGCGUGUCAGCUUAAUGUUGGAGGAAAGCCCGAAGUGAUGCAGGUCUCAGCUCGUGUAUGGUGAUGGCAAACCUUGAAACAUAAUCGGGUCGAACCGGGAUUCUAACCCAUGGUCAUUGGUUUCAGUCGUGCCAAUGGACGCAACUCUGCACAGCACACUGCGACGUCAAAGAAGCCUUGGCCACCCGUGCCCAAAAGUACGAAGUGAAACGACGAGGAAAGAGUGAAAUGUUUUAUCAUUUUGCAUGUUUUAUCCGCAGCGAUAAGCAACAAUAUCUGUUCUUUUUUAUAUAUUUCGAAUUACCAAACUGUAUCAUAAAAUAUUGCAUCUAACGAAGUUUUGAAAUAACUUGUUGCCUAAAGUUUUAGAUGCUAUCUGUCUUAAAUAAAUCUUACGUUCAAAUGGAAUACACAAAGACACGGGGUGGGUCAGUUCUCUUGAUUGUGGACGUGACUCCCAGAUUCAAGUUGGUCAUGGUGCUUGUCCUGUCUGAACGUCUUGUCCGAAGUAUUGAACAUCUCAUAUGUUCAACAAUUGGGGCAUCUCUCCUACAUUACGCCUGAUCCGUGAUUUAACUGAAAUAAUGUUCAAAACGGGGUUGACCUCAGUUAACUCACCAACUUGAACAAAUCGAAAUGAAGCUUUGCGUGGAGCUGGAGAGCACAUUUCAGACUGGACUCUAUAUCCCAAGUACAUAUCGGACUGAAAUCUAUUCCCCAUGUAUGUAUCAGACUGAAAUAAUUACACAUGUACAUUUAAAACUGACAUAUAUUCCCCAUAAUACACAUAUCAGGCAUUUGUCACGUCAGGUGGUCAAGACCUACUUAUUAGGUCGUUUAGCAUUGUCAUAACGCUCAAAUAGCAAUACCUGUGACCACAAAGUAUUCCUCAUGACAAACCGAAUGGUAACGAGGAAUUGUUGCAUAAUGUGUAUUAAAAUUGGGUUAGCUAUGAUGUCCGAUGCAAUUCCCUAUUUUGACUUGUACCCAAUGUUUUCGUGUGUUUUUUUCAGGUGAACAAUUGACUUGCUUUUUAUGCGUUUGUGACGGAUGUCACCGGUGGGGCAGGGUAUGCUUAACUUUUCGAGAACACCUGAUGUCAUCAUUAUUUGAUAGAGAUUCAUUAAACACAUGCUCAUGUUAAAGUCGUACAUUCACACAACUGACUCUGCCUUUAACAGAGAUUUCUGGUGAAUAUGGAAAGGGCUUUGUCGCUUUUAUUUAGACGUUCAGGGGGGUCUUUAUGACAACUGCAAAGUCAUUACGCCUGAUCAGUGUCUGUACCUUGUAUAAUCUUUUGGGAGUAAUAAACUCCGACAAUUCCUGUGUGGGUUUACAUUACAAUCUGUGGGAUCGCCUGUUAUGCAUGCACUAUUACAUGUGUUAUUAUGAUCAUGUUGCUUUAGACAACGACUAUCAUUGUACCCCGAUACAAGAAUGAUGUACAUCCAGUAUAAAUCAUCUGUCGCUGCAGUUUCAGCAAAG